AAGACAAAAAAAAACGUAACAUGAGAAGGCGUUCGAAAUAAAUGGAACUUUUUUCAUCAUUGUAUUCAUAUUAUUCCAGGCAACCUCUGUGAUUUUAAUGCCAUCGAUCACCUGUAAUUUACCUGCCUGGCUUAACGACCUCCAGACGGCAUGCAAAUUGAAGCAAAUUGGACAACGAAUUCUUCUGUAAAUAUUUUUUUUCCAGACCUGAGGGGCACGUGCCUAUUUUUUUUUUUUUUAUUCUUGCGUGUUCUAUUUCCACAUGAUAGAGUGAUUUGCAGGAGAGAGAGAGAAAAAAAAUAUAUAUAUAUAUAAAAGUCAAGAAUGUUGAUUGCUUCUCGUUCGACAAUUGGCCGCCUAAGUUCGAAUCGGUGCACUACGUUUCAAAAAUCUCAAAGAGAUUCGUUUCAAUCGUUUGAAACCCGAACACACAAACCCCCACCCCCACACACAUAACACCAAACCUCUUUCACUAACAACCUAACCACCAUUCUUCCCUCAGACAAACGAAACCCACAUAACAAAUCAGUCCUUAUCUCCAACAGAGUCCUCUUCAGCGAUCGGGACGAGGCGAAGCUUAUCAUCGACCUGGAGCGCCAUCUCGCGGACAAGCAGGUCAACAUGGCUGACCUGAGGCGGACGAUGUAUGACCUGGAUCGCGACCGGAACGACUUUCUCUCCGGGGAACAGGUCAAGACCGCCCUGCACCGCUGCCGCGUCGACCUGCCGCCCGACCUGCUGGCGCGCCUGCUGCUGGCCACCGACCGCACCGGCGCCGCCAUGCACGGGGUCGAGGCGCUCAUGAACUACCUCACCAGAGUCAAGCCCGAGGCUCAUGGCGUCUUGAUCGGCAGCAGGUACGACCCCCCUCAAGCAAGGGGGGGGCGGGGGUCGACAUUCCAGAGCCAGUCGUCUGUGCAGCCUUCGUGGGGGGCGCCGACCCAGCCGCUGCAACAGCUGCAAUCGAAGACGGACUACCUACCUGACGAAGGCUUCAUUGAGGGCCAGACUGAAGCUUCAGGAUCUCGCGCCCCUUCCCAAGCCCCCUCCCCGGCGCCCUUCCAGCCUGCCCAUCCUCCUGCUGGCCCUCCUUCAACAUGCACAAGUGGAGUGAGGAUUAUGUGCACCUCGCGCAGGCCGUGUACGGGGCUGACCACGACCAGGCGGGGUACCUGCCGCCGGAGGAGGUUCGCCACGUGGCCUCCACCUACAACCUCGUCUACAACCUCAACAUCUCUGAGGCGUCGUUGACCUCGGCCAUCUCGUCGGCCACUGACCCGAGCUACGGCGAGGUCAACCUCGAGUACUUCGUCGCCAGCCUCCAGGGCCUUCAUUUCCAAGAGAAGGGAGCGUAUUGAGUACAAACUUCGGAUUGGCUGGCGACCGUUUUUUUAUUUAUUUGUUAAUAAUAAUAAUAUAUAUGUAUUGUUACUGACUUUUUUUGUUUAUUUUGUAUUUUUAUUAGUUUU